AUUCGUUCCCGUCGCCAGUGUGUGUCACCUUGCUGAAGCUGCGGCGGAGGACCGGAGAAACAGCAGAGCCAUGGCGGCCCCGGCGGACACAGCCAAGCCCAAAACAUCCCCUAAGUCUAUAAAGUUCCUGUUCGGCGGCCUGGCUGGUAUGGGUGCUACAGUCUUUGUCCAGCCGUUGGACCUGGUCAAGAACAGGAUGCAGCUGAGCGGUCAGGGUUCAAGGGCUCGGGAGUAUAAGACUAGCCUGCACGCUGUGGUCAGCAUCCUCCGCAACGAGGGGAUCCGGGGCAUCUACACCGGCCUUUCAGCCGGUCUCCUCAGACAGGCCACCUACACUACCACUCGUUUGGGUAUUUACACAGUCCUAUUCGAGAAAAUGACCAAAGCGGACGGAACCCCGCCGAAUUUCUUCAUGAAAGCCGUGAUCGGAAUGACAGCCGGAGCGACCGGAGCUUUCGUGGGAACCCCGGCCGAGGUGGCGCUGAUCCGGAUGACCUCGGACGGACGUCUGCCCCCAGACCAGAGGAGAGGUUAUAAAAACGUCUUCAAUGCCCUCUUCAGAAUCACCAGGGAGGAGGGAGUCACAACUCUGUGGAGGGGUUGUAUACCCACUAUGGCCCGUGCAGUAGUAGUGAACGCAGCACAGCUGGCUUCAUAUUCUCAAUCCAAACAAGCUCUUAUGGAAACUGGGUAUUUCUCAGAUAACAUCUUACUUCAUUUCUGUGCCAGUAUGAUCAGUGGGUUAGUGACCACUGCAGCCUCCAUGCCAGUAGACAUCGCCAAAACCAGGAUUCAAAACAUGAGAAUGAUUGACGGCAAGCCAGAGUACAAGAACGGACUCGAUGUGCUGGUGAAAGUGGUGAGAAACGAAGGUUUCUUCAGCCUGUGGAAAGGUUUUACUCCGUAUUACGCUCGGCUCGGCCCACACACAGUGCUCACCUUCAUCUUCCUCGAGCAGAUGAACAAGUUCUACAGGAUCUACUUCCUGGAUUCAUAGGUUACCAUGGAAACCCUCUCACGCUGGGCCGGUGGAGGUCUGGACCAGGUCCAGAGGGGUCAGUUUGCGCAUGAUUACCGUCUGACUGUGCCAGCCAGCAUCACAUGACUCGUCCGUGAAAGUGUUCUUUCAUAGCAACUGUUGCUAGGUUUGACUAGCUUCACUGAGAACUGGUAAAAAAUCCCUUUCAGCCAAAUAAUAAAAAAAAUUCAAUCAUUUGCUCUUUUAUAGAGAUUUUUUAUGGUAUACAAUUUAAAUUUUGACUUUAUUUGUCUCCAUUAUUGAAGUCUGAAGAGGCCAUGAGCUGUGGCUAUAAUUUUCUGGGUUGUUAUCUUGAGAUCACAGCUUAAUUGUGUUGUGAUCUCAAGACAACAACUUAAUUGUAAUAAUAAUCAAGUCAUGAUCUCAAGAUCACAAGAUAAUCGAGUCAAGAUAUUAAGAUCAUAUCGUUAUCUUAAGAUCACAAGAUAAUUAAAUCAUGAUCUCAGGAUAACAACUUUUAUCUCGAGAUCACCAGGUAAAUAAUGGUCUCAGGAUAAAUUUAUCGUGUGAUCACAGGAUAAUUAAGUCUUGAUCUGAAGAUAACUAUCGUGAGAUCACAAGAUAAUUAAGUCAUGAUCUCAAGAUCUCAACUUUUAUCUCAAGAUCAAAGGAUAAUUAAGUCAUGAUCUCAAGAUCACAACUUAUAUCUCAAGAUCGCAGAAUAAUUAAGUCAUGAUGUCAAGAUAACAUUGUUAAGUCAUGAUAAUUAAGUCAUGAUCUCAAGAUCACAAGACAAAAUAAAACUUGAUUACACAACAAAAAACUACCCCAUCUAUCUAAAUCCUUCACUCACAUACAAAAUAAAUAUCUUCUUGCAAUUAAUUUCAGCUCUAAAUUUACUAAUUUUGGUAACAAGUUGAGCGCUGUGUGCUACGCUUUUGCAUUCGGUUGAAUGGGAGGAUUUUUCCAGCCUGCUGUAAAGCCUCUCCAACCUCUUCACAGCAGCUGAGAAAGUGGGCGGAGCUUUAUAGAUCAAUCGAUGUGAACUUGUGUCACCAUUGCCUGUGUGUGCUGGCGGGCGCAGUUUCAGAUAAAGUGCUGGACUAAAUCCCAGCAUCUGCGCUGACCCUCAGGGACUCCGGUCCCGUCCGUCUGCUACAUUUGGCAAACUGGCAGACGUUUGGACUCUGAUAGAAAACAAAAACACACAAAACACAAACAAAACUCAACCGACUGACGCACUGACCAGCAGACUGGACCCGAUGUACCCGACCCCUGAUGGCCACCACUGAUCAUUACAUGCUUACUUACAGAUUAGUUGAGUGAUUUGUUUUUUUUUUCCUUCUAAAAACUUAGGCAGAUUCAGACAGUAAACAUUUACAUUAAACCCAAGAGCAAACAAAAGUAUCGCUCCACCUCUCUCUCUCUCUCUCUCUCUCUCUCUCUCUCUCUCUCUCUCUCUCUCGCUCUCUCUCUCUCUCUUUUUCCCUCCUUCUCUCCAUCUGUUACUGACAUUAACUCAAGCACACGUGGUUUUGUGCUGCGUUCACUGCCGACUUCAGGUUGGAGAACACAAGAGAUUGUCUUUCUAAGUCGUUCCGCUCCAAAUCAUGUGAUACAGUGUGGUCCACUGUAUCUAUAAUAACUGAGCUCGCUGUGUGAUGAGCUCGUUCAUCUCCUCUACUUUUUGUUGAAGAUUGUAACUGUUUGGAAUCGUGUGAAGCUGUUUUAACUUUUAAUUCAGUUUCUUGACCUCAGGGUAAAAUGAUGAGGUCAUCAAUGCUAGUAAAUGAAAUUUACUUGUAAGAAUGAAUUCUAAUGUGAGAUUUCAGUUUAUGGUGUUUUCCUGGUUUGCUUUAAUGGGAUGAGAUGUUUUUUUUCACUAGUGCAAAUUCUAAAUUUGAAAACAUUAAUUCAGUUAGUUCAGAAGUAGAAGCUAAAUAUGUCAUUAUUACAUGUUCGUUUUCUCAGUAGUCAAAAACAGAACUUAUUAGAACUAAAAUACAGUUCAUGCUAGUAACAUUUGAACAUUGACAUUAAAUUUUUCUUAAUCCUUUUCAAUUUCAGUCGUACUAAUAACAUUUUUACUUGAUCAAAUUGAGAACAUGAUAUAAGUAAACUGUAGAUCUGAAGCAGAGACGUUCCGUACUGAAUGUGGGACUCCAAGCACAAAUUAAAAGCUAAUUAAUAGAGUGUAUUACAUAUUAUUGUUAUGAUUAUUGAUCCAUAAGAAGCACGGAUUUUAUUAUCAGCCAUGACAUUAAUGACAGUAAUAACUGUGAAAAUGAUAAAACGGUUCACAUAAAAUACUGUACUUUCAUUAAAAACAGUUUCGCUGCAUUUUGAGUGACGUCUUAAAAACUAGAGUUUUUAAUUCUUACCUCACAUUUACUGUACACUUAAAGGUUUUCCAAGGGUUCUUUACUAAAGUGAAUGGUUCUAUAUAGAAUCAUGAACACUCAAAGAACCCCAUGAUUAAAGGGUUCUUUGCAUAGUGAAAGGGUUAUUCAGAUUGAUGGAUAAUGUGCUGAAGAUGAUGCUAUAUAGAACCUUUAUGGAAAGAGUCCUAUAUGACACCAGAAAGGGUUCUACUGUUACUACGAUAUCAAGUUUGUAACAAUAAAAGUACACUUUUUGGUGCUAUAUAGAACCACAUACAACAGUUUGUCCAUCAGGAGAACACUUUUUACCACGCAAAGACCCUUUUAAUCAUGCAAAGGGUUCUUUGAGUGUUCAUAUAGUUCCAUGGGGUUCCACAGGGUAUAUAGCACCAAAAAGGGUUCUUCUAUUAUUACGAUGUCAAGCUUGUAACAAUGAAAGAACCCUUUUUAGUGCUAUAUGGAACCCUUUUCAAAAAUGUGCUAUAUAGAACCAUAUACAACAGAUUGCAUAGUAAAAUGGGUUCUCCUGAUGGACAGUCUGUUGUAUAUGGUUCUAUAUCGCGCUAAAAAGUGUCCUCCUAUUCUUACAAGCUUGAUAUCGUAAGAAUAGAAGAACACUUUUUGGUGCUAUAUAGAACCAUAUACACCCUAUGGAACUGUAUAGAACCAUAUUCUUCUCAAAGAACAAAGACCCCUGUAAUCAUGAAAAGGUUUCUUUGAGUGUUCAUGGUUCUAUAUGGAACCAUUUUCUUUACUAAAGAACCCUUGAAGAACCAUCUUUUUAAGUGUGUGCUUUGGUUUGAUGGUGUUAUUGGCAUUGAAUUUCCAUCUUAGCGUUAUUCCUCCAUUCCUGUGGGAUUCACUGACAGAUAAUACACAGUUAGAUGUUCUGUGGUCAUCAACUCUUUUGACUUUGACGGAGGUUCGUACAGUGGAGAGGUCUUCUGAUAGUGUUUUCUCAGUUUAGCUGCUCGGUGAAUAGAAUUAGUGUUUUUUUUUCUCCUAAUCAGUUUUUUUUUUUGAUGAAGAGCUGGUUCAGAGUAAGUGUACAACUCCCACCCGUACAGUGAUAUCUGUAGCUCUCAUGAUGUAAAAGAGAGGAUUAAAUCUUUUUUCUGCCUGCG